CUCCGCCCGGCCCUAUGGAUGAGUGCUGUCCCUGUUCCCAGUUUGUAGGCGAGGGAGCCUUCGGGCCAAUGACCGGCUCAAGGCCCCACGACACAUCUAGGUUUCCGGUGCAUCUGAGAGAUUCCAGCUCUGGCCCGGGACGCCCCCUUAGACGGGCCGCGCCCCACGCUGCCAGAGCCUCGGCCCUCCCGACUCUCUUCUGUGAGCUGUUUCUCACGCCAAGUCCGUCUCUGCCGGUUCUUUGGAACGGCGGAGCCUCCUUGCAGCCGCAAGAUGACUACACAGCCUCACGCCACCUGUGUGACAAGACUCGCGACACCCAGCGCAGACUGUGCCCAAGGACCCACGGAGUCUGCGCCCAGGGCUGAAGGAAGGACCAGUGUUACCCCCUGGCUCACUGUAAUACUAAAGUCCCCCCCCACUGAGAGGGACUUAUCUGAGAUAUACGUGAUUUCUCACCGCGCCCCGUGCCCCGCACUCCGCCUCGACACGCGGUGACGCUCACGCCUUCGUGUGUUACCCAUUUCGCCUCCAGGAAAACCCCUGACCCUGUUGGUCAGGGAGGCGGGUUUGAGGCAGCCCACACCUCCCUCCUCCCGGCUGAGGCGUCACUGAAAUAAAUCCUUUCUUCCCUGGCAACAGUGACCCCCCCCCCCGUGGGCUCCUCAGCGCUUUCUCACCUGUUUCCUGGCACCGGACUUGGCGAGCCCUAAGCUGCCCUCCGUCCAGGGCGCUGGGAAGUGCUUUCCGACAAGGGCUGGACAGUCCAGUUUUUAGGCUUUACUGGUCGUAAGGUCUCUGUUGCAACUGCUCUUCAGCGUCCCCGCUGCAGUGCCACGGAGCCUCAGACGCUAGCGACAUGGAGCUGCAGCACCACAGCCCUUGGAGGGUUCGGCAAGGCGGCUCCUCCCAAAUCCAACCGAGAACGUGGUCCGAGGACGACCAGAUGGUUCCGGUGGCGUGUGGGCUGAGUCUGAACAGAAGCAGGUUGCACCUCUGGGAACGUCGCCACUGUGCGGAGAAAACACUUUCUCCAGAAAAACCGUCCCCCGUGAGGGAUGCAUAAUUCUGGAAAGCGGGGUGGGGGGAGCCUCAGGGCCAACAGGAGCUGCACGGCGCUGGCGUGGUCAAAGGAUCGAUCGGAAGCAACUUUGGCAAAAGUCUGCAGGGAGCCCGCUGUCAUCUGGAGGCGCUGGCUGGGAAAAGCCCAGGGUAGGAUGACCGGAACGGCGUGACCGAGGCAGAUGGGGCCACCUGCACGCAAAGAACGAGAGACAGAGGGGCGCACGCCCGAGAGGUUCACCGACAUGGCAUGUGUCAGAGCCUCCUUCCUUUUUGUGGCUGAAUAAUAUUCCCGUGUGGCCAGGCCACAUCCUGUUCAUCACACGUCCACCCAUGGACGCUGGGCUUCCCGUGUGGCGGUUGUGAACGGUUCUGUGAUGAAAAUCCGCACGUAAGUCUUUGAGUCCCUGUUUUCCAUUCUCUUAGAGAGCUUUCCCAGGUCACAGAGCAGCAGAGCCUCUGGGUCUUAGGGUAACUCAAUGUUCAGUUGUUCGAGGAACUGCGGGCUGUUUUCCACAGUGGCUGUGCACCCUCCUCUCAUUUUUGCAGCAGGACACCUCAGUCAUUUCAAAACCACCCUCCCUGGGGAACAGGAAUCUCAGACCUCAGUAGGGGGUUGGAGGGCUAGAAUUCUGGCUUCCCUGCUGCAGGUGUGGCUGGCAGCUAGAUGCCCAGUAGUCGAAAAAGGCAAGCAAUGGAUUCUCCCCAGAACCUUCAGAACGACCCUUUUAGGCUGUGACCUCCAGAACCGUAAGAUAGUAACUUCGUGUUGUUGGAAGCCACUGAGUUUGCGGCAGUCUGUUACAGCAGCAAUGGGAAAUGAACACAGCAGGUAUGUGACUUGAGCUAGGUGCUUAACUUCUCUAGGGCUCAGUUUUCUCAUCUGUGAAAUGGGAGGAGCAAGCAACCCCGCGUUAGGAUUGCCACGAGGCUAUAUGUUAGGUGAUGUAUGUGCAAUGCCAGAUGCAGAGCCCAGCGUUAGCUGGUAUUUUCUCCCCUGCUGGACCGCAAGCACCACAAGAACAAGCAGUCAUGUCCACCCGGUUUACAGCCCACCUCUGGGCUGAGCACAGACUCCGGCCCCCGGGCCUCGGCACAUCUGCGCACGAAGGAGGCCCCAGGCCCCAUGUUCUGGGGAACAGCUCAUUUGAGAGACACUAACCACUACCUUGCAAGGGGGAUUUUGAGGAUUAAGACAGAGAAAACAAGAACUGUGAAGACUCCCAGUGUAGCCGCCCUCUGUACCCACGGGCUCUGCAAGCCUGGAUUCAACCAACCGCGGAAAGAAAGUAUCUGGUAUAAAAAUUGUGUCUGUGCCGAACACACGUGCAGACUUCUGCUCCUUGUCGUUAUUCCCUAAACAAUACAGUAGAACAACUACUUACGCGGCAUGUACGUAGCAUUAGGUAUCAUAAGGAGUCACAAUUUAACGUACGCCUGAGCACGUGCACAGGUUAUAAGCAAAUACUUAUAACCAAUCCUGUUUUGGGGACUUGAGCAUCUGCGGAUUUGGGUAUCUGCAGGGGGCGAGUUGGGGGGGUGGGAGUGCCCUGGAACCAACCCCCUCACGGAUGGCAGGCUCAUCUAUCCGCUGCCCAGGGCUGUGGAACGUUCGUAGGCAGGUUUUUCUUCCACCUUCCCUCUCUUGUCUCUUUCAUUCAGGAAGUCAACAGUGCCCACGUGUGACAGGCUGCAGGCUGGUGUUAAUACAUUGAGAAAAGGUAAGAAAUCCCAGGAAUGCAGAAGCCCCCAGGCCUGUGUCCUCCUCCCUGGCUCCCUGCAGUGCCAACGCCUCCCCUGUGCAGUUGGCAGGCAGUAAGCACACCUGCUGGGCCCGGGCACUGUCCCCUGAGUCCUGGCUGCCCUGGCUGGCCCUGGGGAGGGCGGGGCUGGUUGCCAAGGGCUCAGGCAGUACGAUCAGGAUCAGGAUCCGGGAGGAAGCAGGAAGCAGUCCGUGCUCCCCAGGACCUUGGACCUGCUGGCUGGGGGGACUCGAGGCUCCCAGAAGGACAGGUGGCAUUUCCAACGUGCCUGCCGAGAUGAGUGUGUCCUUGGAGGAGCUGGAGGCCACAGCUCAGGAAGUGCUGGGCAGACUGAGGAGCCACCAGCCGUUCCAGUCCUCAUGGGACACCGCUGCCUUCGUCGUCUUCCUCACCUUUAUCGGCACUGUGCUGUUCCUGCUGCUGCUGGUCCUUGCCCACUGCUGCUGCGGCUGCUGCUGCGGCUCCCCCGGACCCCAGAGGAGAAGCGCUGGGAAGGAAAGACACAAGGGAGUGGACAACUUGGCCCUGGAACCUUAACCCUGAGAGUCCCCACCAGCCACUUCCUGUGUGUCCUGCCGGGUGCAGUAAACAAUGUCCUGUGUCUGCCCAGA